ACUCGCUCCCGCCCUCGCGGCCUAGCUGGAGCCUGGGGAGGGUGCUGGGCCUGGCCUGGACCCCUCCCUGAGGGGGCCCCGCCCUGGGCUCCUUGGACCGGGGGUGGCUGGGGAGGCCGAGGCGCAGUCCGGUGUCCUGCGUGAAGUGCCGGGAGAGCGGAAGGCCCCGGUACCCUCGCGCCCAAGUCACCGACCUGGGGUGGGUGGAUGGGACACCAGGCCCAUGCAGCCGCGAGUUCCUUGGGCGCACUAAGCCCUUCUGGCCCUGCGGGGCACCCCCCGAAGACUACAACUCACCAGCUUCAGUCUGUGCGUCCCAGCUGGCCGAAUCCCAUCCCCCAACCUCGUCCCCCUGGCCCGAGGCUGGCAAAGGCUUCUGCGGGGAACCCGUGCUCCCACCUGUACUUAGCGCACGGCGUCGCCUUGUGCUCCUUCCAGUCGCUUAGAAAACCCACCUCCUACCCAGGUGGGAAGUCCCUCGUUAGGGGCCCACUAGAGCCCUGAGGGCCCUGAGGAUGUGUCCGCCUUGUGUCAGGGGUCAGAGGUCAGCAGCAAAGGAGCAGAUUCCUGCUGAGUCAUCAGCCUGGGUGGGAUAAGUGCCUCUCCCUCCCUCAGGACAGGCGUUCAGUGGGCAGAUGUGUGAGGAGCCACACUGUUGGGGCCCUGUCGGGGGCUGGAGAGUGGCCUCUGCCCAGUUCACAGUUCAGGGGUGUGCAAGGUGAAAGGAGGGAAGUCAGUGGGGUCACGGGUAUUACUGUGUGAGGCCAUGCAGAGCCCCCUGGUGUGGGCACUCAGGAUAGGCACCCCGUUCCUGAUGAGUCCUGUCUGCUGCGGGGGCCCUGGGCACCGUGGCACCCGGCCCCCCCCCCCAGCUGCUGCCAGCCUGGACCGUUUCUGUUGAUUCCCCUUCUCAGUGAAGUGCAGGGGACUGCAGGGGUCCCCAGCUUGGGAAGUGCUCCUUCUCAAAUACAGUGAGCAGCAUAUGCCCCCAAGCCCUGCCUGGUCUGACACUGGCCCCAUACAGCCACAUUCCAGGGUCUUCCCCGCCCCCCCCACCACCCUCUGUCGGAUACCGUGGGAGACCCCGCCACAGACAGACCUGCACCUUGUGCCCCAGUGGAGUCUGCCUCUGAGAACAGUAUGGGUAUCGUGUGUAACCACGGAGGGUGGUGCCCUGAGGAAGGAACGGCAGAACAGCUUUCCUACAGACCCUCUCCCAGGUAUCAUCUCCCACCCCCAUGGCACGUCCAGUCUGCCUGUCACCCCCCAGGAGAGCAGACAGGAGAGGUCCCUCGGGUCGUCAUACACAACAGUCUUGGCCCUGACGUUCUCCAGUGCCCAGCUGCCUCCGACCACCCAGUGACCCUGGCCAGUCAGCAGCAACCAGCUGCCCCUGUGGACUAGGGCACACUGUGCAGUCUGGCAAGACCAGCAUCCAGGAACCUGAGGGCUAGGUGGGAUCCGAAUCCAGCUCUGUCCCAGCCCCAAGCAGCGGCUGGGGUGGGGUGGGCGGUGCCUGGGGCUCUCCUUCCAGGGUAGGAGGAGGACAGGUAUCUAGGCAGUUCAGGGAUUGGAUUGAUGCCCCCUGGGGAUCCAAAAGAGGCCCCCAUGUGGCCUUCCAGAGCUAAAGGCAGCUUCUCCCAGCCUAGGCUCCCUCCAGGCCCUUGGGAGGCAGGUGGACUGGAGUGGACCAGGUGGGGCUUAGGUGUCAGCGUGAAGUUGGGACAAGGGGAGAGGCACAUCUGGAGCCCAGGAUGAGCCUGAUGGCCACAGCCAAGGGCUCAGGCUUCAUCCAGAGCACAGCGGGGAGCAGGGCAUGGCCAGAGACAGAAGACCGCCACUGGCAUGCAGGGCUGGGCUUAGCCAUGCAGGACUCUAAGCUUGUGGAGAGCCAGGAGGCUGCUGCCCGGAUUUGCCAGGGGGUGUGGCUCAGGGGUUUUUAUCUAAGGUGGGACAGUGGCUAGAAAGGUGGAUGGGUCAAAGGGAAGGGAGUGGUCCUGGUGGACAGGGACAAAGGGCAGGGGUCAGAGUUUGGAGGGCUGUGAAGUCUGCGAAUAGGUUGGGGCUCAGAGUGUGUGACCCCAUAGGACAGGUGCUGAGGCCUGGGACAAAAGUGACAAGUUUUGUGGGCUGAGCUCCCAUUGGGCCAGGCACGGGAGCAGGUCAGCCCAGGCAGCUGCAUUUUACAGGCAGGUAAUGAGCCAGAGAGGCCCAGCGAGUGGCCCUGGGCCCCCCCUCGCCCCCCUGUACUGCGGACAGAGACACACAGGUGGGGGGCCACCUGACUUGUUCAGUACACGAUUUCGUUCAGGGCCCACGAAAAUGCAUUAAUGCCCAAAUCAGAAGAAAAAAGCCAAUAUAAUAAAGAAUCCAGCCUGGAUUAUAUUUUCUUUAUGCCAACAAUCAUAAAAUAUUGGUUUUCUUUUUAUGGAGGAAGGGGCCCACAAAGAAGUACCUGGGUCACAGGGGCCAUAAAGGAACCCUGAGUGGGGGCUUCGUGCAGCCAGAGCCCCUGCCUGGAAACCAGGGUGCAGGCGCUCCUGAGGUCCCGGGAAGAGGAAGGGCCCCACCAGCACGGAGCAACAUGAGACAGGGCCGGGGCACCCUCCCGGCACCCCGCCAGCCAGGGGCAUCCUGGGACCCGCUCAGGGUCACAGACAGCCCUUGCUACAGCGUGUGUCUGCACGUGGUGGGUGGCGGGGAGCGGGCCCAGUGCCGCUGCCCCAGGAAUGUGUCUCCCUGCCCCUCCCCAGGCCCCUGGCCCCGACAUGGCCCGUCGCUCCCAGAGCUCCUCGCAGGGGGACAACCCGCUGGCACCUGGGUACCUGCCACCUCACUACAAAGAGUACUACCGCCUGGCAGUGGAUGCCCUGGCUGAGGGAGGGCCAGAGGCCUACAGCCGCUUCCUGGCGUCUGAGGGGGCACCUGCCUUCCUGUGCCCUGAGGAGCUGGAGCACGUGAGCCGCCACCUGCGGCCCCCACAGCAUGUUGCUCGCGAGCCCCCCGAAGGCAGCCCUCCCAAUGUGGACAUGGAUGGCUCCUCAGGCACCUACUGGCCCAUGAACUCCGACCAGGCAGUGCCUGAGCUUGACCUGGGCUGGCCCCUGACCUUCGGCUUCCAGGGCACUGAAGUCACGACCCUGGUACAGCCACCACCGCCUGACAGCCCCAGCAUCAAGGAUGAGGCUCGAAGGAUGAUCCGCUCUGCCCAGCAGGUGGUGGCCGUGGUGAUGGACAUGUUCACCGACGUAGACCUGCUUGGUGAAGUGCUGGAGGCAGCGGCUCGCCGUGUCCCGGUCUACAUCCUCUUGGAUGAGAUGAAUGCGCAGCACUUCCUAGACAUGGCCGACAAGUGCCGCGUCAACCUGCACCACGUGGAUUUCCUGCGCGUGCGCACUGUGGCAGGCCCCACCUACUACUGCCGCACUGGGAAGUCCUUCAAGGGCCACGUGAAGGAGAAGUUCCUGCUAGUGGACUGUGCCGUGGUUAUGAGUGGGAGCUACAGCUUCAUGUGGUCCUUCGAGAAGAUCCACCGAAGCCUGGCGCACGUGUUCCAGGGCGAGCUGGUCUCCAGCUUCGAUGAGGAGUUCCGCAUCCUGUUCGCGCAGUCCGAGCCUCUGGUGCCCUCAGCCGGGGCACUGGCCCGCAUGGAUGCUUACGCCCUGGCUCCAUACGCGGGAGCCGGGCCCCUUAUGGGCGGCCAGGUGACCGGCGCGCCGACCCCUUUCUCCUUCCCCAAACGAGCGCACCUUCUGUUCCCACCGCCUCGGGAAGAGGGCCUGGGUUUCCCCUCCUUCCUCGACCCCGACCGCCACUUCCUGUCUGCUUUCCGCCGGGAGGAGCCAGCGCGGAUGCCCGCGGGAGCCCUGGAGCCGCACGCGGGACUGCGGCCGCUAUCGCGGCGGCUGGACGCGGAGGCAGGACUAGGGGGAGAGCUCGCGGGCCCGCGGGGCUUCUUUCAGGCCCGGCAUCUGGAGAUGGACACCUUAAAGCGGCACAGCUACGCGGCCGCCGACGGCACCGGCGCGGUGGAGAACUUCGCGGCUGCGCGGCAGGUGUCACGGCAGACGUUCCUCAGCCACGGUGACGACUUCCGCUUCCAGACCAGUCACUUCCACCGUGACCAGCUCUACCAGCAGCAUUACCAGUGGGACCCGCAGCUCGCGCCGGCGCGGCCGCAGGGCCUGUUUGAGAAGCUGCGCGCUGGCCGCCCCGGCUUCGCCGAGCACGACGACUUCGCGCUGGGGCCCGGGCCACGCUUCCCCGAGCUCGGCCCCGACGGACACCAGCGGCUGGACUACGUGCCGUCCAGCGCGUCGCGCGAGGUGCGCCACGGCUCAGACCCCGCCUCGGGGCCCGGGCCCCGCGGCCUGGAACCCAGCGGAGCCCCACGCCCCAACCUGGGCCAGCGCUUCCCGUGCCAGGCAGUGGCAAGGCAGGGCCCAGACGCCGCGCCCGACGCCGAGCAGGAGCGCAGGGGCGGGCCCGAGGGGCGGGCGGGGCUGCGGCACUGGCGCUUGGCGUCCUACCUGAGCGGUUGCCAUGGCGAGGACGCGGGCGAGGAGGGCCUGCCGGCACCCAUGGAGGCUGAGGCCUAUGAAGACGACGUUCUGGUGUCCGGCGGCCGAAUGGCCCCCGGGGACCUGCUCCCCUUAGCCUCCCGUGCGCCCUACCCGGCCAAGGGCCUGGUGCCCUGCUCCGGCGGCGGUGGUGGCGACAGCCCAGAGCGCGAGGGCCUGGAGGAGGCAGGUCUGGCCAGGCAGGACUCCUUCCGCUCGCGCUUGAACCCGCUGAUCCAGCGCAGCUCGCGCCUGCGCUCCUCCCUGAUCUUCAGCGCUUCGCAGGCCGAGGGCGCCGGUGGGUCCAUGGCGGCCACUACCGAGAAGGCACAGCUGCUGCACAAGGAGCAGGCGGUCAGCGAGAUGCUGGGCCCCGGCGGCGAGGCCAUGCGCUCCGCCACUUCCACCAAGGUGGCCGAGCUCCUGGAGAAAUACAAGGGCCCGGCGCGUGAUGCCGGAGGGGCGGGGGCCCCAGUCACAGUCGCCAGCCAUAGCAAGGCUGUUGUGUCCCAGGCGUGGCGGGAGGAGGCGGUGGCGCCGGGUGGGGCGGGGAGCGAGCGCCGCAGCCUCGAGAGUUGCCUGCUGGACCUGCGCGACUCUUUCGCACAGCGGCUGCACCAGGAGGCUGAGAGGCACCCGGGAGCAGCCACGCUUACUGCCACCCAGCUGCUAGACACGCUGGGCCGGAGCGGCACCGACCGGCUGCCCUCUCGCUUUCUCUCUAGCCAGGGCCGCUCCGCCUCCCCACAAGGGCGGGUCAGCCCCCCGCUGGAGGGGCCUGGGCCGCGCCAGGCACCUCACCCUGAGCCGAAAGGGAGCCCCACCUCGGCCUAUCCCGAGCGCAGGGGCAGCCCGGUCCCCGCUGUGCCAGAGCGCAGGGGCAGCCCGGUCCCCGCUGUGCCGGAGCGCAGGGGCAGCCCGGUCCCCCCUGUGCCGGAGCGCAGGGGCAGCCCGGUCCCCGCUGUGCCGGAGCGCAGGGGCAGCCCGGUCCCCGCUGUGCCGGAGCGCAGGGGCAGCCCGGUCCCCCCUGUGCCGGAGCGCAGGGGCAGCCUCACCCUUCCCUUCUCCGAGGAGUCUCCCAAGACUGGGGCCGCGGAGGAGACGGCUGGCGGCCCCAUGGAAGUCUUGCGCAAGGGCUCCCUGCGCCUCCGCCAGCUGCUGAGCCCCAAGGCUGAGCGGCGCACGGAGGAAGAGGGCGGCUUCCCAGCGCCGCAGGAGAACGGGCAGCCCGAGAGCCCCCGGCGGCCGUCGCUGGGCAGGGCUGAGAGCACUGAGGCUGCCACUGGAGACGAGCGGGGCCCGCGGGCGCGCAUGGGCUCCACCACGGCCAACGCCUUGUACAGCAGCAACCUGCGGGACGACACGAAAGCCAUUCUCGAGCAGAUCAGCGCCCACGGCCAGAAACACCGCGGGGUCCCCGCCCCGGCCCCGGCCCCGGGCCUGGCUCACAGCAGUCCUGAGCUAGGCCGCUCACCAGCUGCUGGCGGCCUGGCCCCUGACAUGUCCGACAAGGACAAAUGCUCUGCCAUCUUCCGUUCGGACAGCUUGGGGACCCAGGGAAGGCUGAGCCGCACCCUGCCUGCCAGCGCCGAGGACCGCGACCGGCUGCUGCUCCGCAUGGAGAGCAUGCGCAAGGAGAAGCGCGUCUACAGCCGGUUUGAGGUCUUCUGCAAAAAGGAAGAGGCCGGAGGCCCGGGGGCAGGGGAGGGCACAGCAGAGGACGACACCAGGGACAGCAAGGUGGGCAAGUUCAUGCCCAGGAUCCUGGGUACUUUCAAAAGGAAGUGAGCCUCCUGGCCCCCCAGCCCCGGACCAGGCGCCCCCUCGCUGCCACCCACCAGGCAGGGCACCUGGCUCUCCUCCCCUCAAGGCGGCGUGGAAGCGGCUGAGUACCGCCAGAGCUUGGCUGCGCCUGGAGCUCACCCAGUAGCUGGCCUGCCUUUUGCCCUGGCCGCUCCCCGCUGGGGCGCGAGCCUCUCACUGCCCCUCCUCCAGCUCCAUCUGUGCUCCUGGGCCCUGAGCCUCCCAUUCCUGCGCAUCUGCCUCCACCAUCUCUCUGGGCUUCAGGUCCCCUUUAGACCUUCAUUCACCUCAGGGCCCUUUUUGUGCCUUACGCCCCCACCUUGUGGGGGGCCCAUCUCUUUGUGCCUCAGUCCCCCAUCUUUGGGGGCUCCACGUCUCAGGGCUUCCAUGUCUCAGGGUUCGCCUCUGCUCACUGCCUCCUGGCUCUACGGCUUCCUCACAGCUGCCUCUUGCCCGCCUCCUGGCAGCCCCAGCCUCUCCCCUGGCCGGCCGGGGUCUCCCCCUCCACCCCUGGUGGCUCAGUCUUCACUUCCUGCCCUGCUUGCGUUCCUCCUCACUGCCUCCCUCUCUGCGUCCUGGCAGCCUUUUCAGUGGCCCACCCUGGGGAGGCAGAGCUGGCUGACUGUCCUGCCAGGAGAACGGAGACCGACCCAGCCUCUCUUCCUGCAGGGCUGCAGCCGGCACCCCGGACCCCCACUAGGGGUGAGAGCACUGGGGGCGCAGCACCAUAAAGCCAGGUCUCCAUGCAUGCUGGGCCUCGGCCCUGCCCUGGAACGCUUGUCCUCGAACAGCCGGGGGCAGGGCUUCGGUGUGGCAGUGCCUGAGCCCCAGCCCAUUGCUCUGAGGGUCCUGGUCCUUCGGGUGCGCAGCAGACCCCGACUGCACCCUGGUCUGGAUCCUGCCCUCUUUGUCACCAACCUGCAAAGUCAAAGCUUCCCCACCUACCUUUCCGGUAUCUUUUUCAUCUCUGGAGAGUGACUUUGAUUUGGAAUAACACAUUUUAACACCACAAACGCUUAGGAAGUCCCCCACUGUAAGUGCUAGCAUUGUGAAGUUAGUAUUUCUGCAACCCUUUUUUUUUUUUUUUUAAGAAUAAGAAAUCGAAAUCACGCAGACUGGGAAAGGAUUUAAGGAACAAGGCCACUGAGCAAAGGCAGCAGUUCUGACUCCAGACAGCUGGAGAAGGGAGGGCGGGGAGGCUGGGGGAUACUUUGGUUCAGGUGGAAAAGGUCACUGAGGAGCCAGAUGCGCUGGAGUGUUUUUUGGCCUUGACGUGCUUGCUGACCUGUUUGCUCUCGCGUGCUUGGCGCGGCCCGUUGCUAAGGGGGAGCCCAUGCAGCCUCCUGUCUGCAUCCUCCACGUCGUGCUGAAUAACACAACUCAAAUGUGAUUCUGCACAUUUUGGUGUUAAUAAAACACAACAAAAUAUUCCAACACA